AUGGAGGAUCUUGAGCCUACUAAGCCGAAGCAACAACGAUGGAAUACCACCAACGAGAUGAGGCUUUUGAGGGGUAUGUGGAUCUGGAAUACUGCGGAACUGGUUCAGGAUCCAAAGCAGAUAGAUGAUCUGACCAGGACGGCGGCGAGUCUGAAGCUCACGGAUGCAUAUCUUUACAUGGCACCAAAGUGGUACAACGACAAAUCUGACGAUGUAGCCAAACUGAACACGCAUCUCAAUGCCACUGGAGUCCGUGUCUGGGCGCUGGACGGCGAUCCGUCUUAUAUCGAUGACCUUCCCGCUGUAGACGACUUCAUCGCGGGUCUCACAAGCCUGAGCGAUUUUAACGAGCGCGUGCACCCCUCAGCACGCUUCCACGGUUUCCAGGCGGAUGUCGAGCCCCAAGACCAACCACUGCACAACACAGGUUUCCAUAAUGGAAUAGCAGAAUCCAAGCUCGAACCGCAUCAACAAAUCGAACGCAGUAUUCUCUGGCACAAACUCAUAUGUCUCCUCACCCGCGCUAGUAAUCUCAUGCACAGCUACGGCCUCGAAUUCAGUGCCGCAAUGCCCUUCUGGCUCCAUGACUACGAGGGCGAACCGAUUACGGUUUACUGGUCCGGCGGCUACACAUGCGUAAUGGAUCUCGUUAUGCCUCUGAUGGACGAAUACGUCGUUAUGAGCUAUAACACCGAUCCAGCCAACGCUACGAAGCGUAUCGUUACACAAGCUGCGCACGCCACUAAACAAGCUGUGGAAGGCAGCAAGAUGCCGAGGAUUCUGGGGAGUGUAGAGACGGCGAAGGGGGUCGGGAGGAACAUCAGCUAUGGUGAUACGGUCGGGAAGCAGAGUAGGACAGCGGUGUUGAGGGACGUAAGGGUUAUUGAGGAGGAGUUGGCGGAGUACCCGGCUUUCGCGGGGAUGGCUAUCCAUCACUGGGCUGCUUGGAGGGAACUACUGCCCUGA